AUGUCGACAGUUCAGUGUCAAGAAUGCCUGCCUCCUUUGCCCAAGACAUUGCCUCCACCAAAGGGCAUUCUGCACUUGGAGCUGUUUCUCUCUCGCCUUGAACGAGGCAAUGAUGCCAGCAUCCUGGGGCUGCAGGGACUCAUCGUCGGGUCUAUGUGGUGGCGCGUUGUCGGCCAGAAGGAGAACCUUUCGGUUCUCGGAAAGCAUCCGUUGGUUCAAUUGCAGCAGGUAAUUGAAGCCAAGGUCAGCGGCCGCAACAGCGUUGAAGCACCGCGGUCGGGCAGCAGUGCCAAUUGUAAAGCAGAUCGACGAUGUCCGUACCGGCAGCAUUGGUGGUAA